ACCAUCAACCCAUCUUGCUGAAACAGUAAAAGAGAGGAAACACUAAAUAGCAAAAGAAAAAUGGAGAGUACUAAUGCAUGUUCAACAUUGCCAAUGGAAAAUGUUAACGAUGUCGGGCUUAUUAAUUUCAUGGACGAGGCUAACUUUGAACAAUUUAUUGAGCUCAUUAGGGGUGAAACUGCUGACCCUAUAGUGAAGUUUUGCCCCAACUAUGACUGUGAACACAUUACAGGUUGUUUUGCUUCGACUGAUGUCCAAUUUGAGCCAACACCAAUGGAUAUAUUUGAUUGGAAUGCCACAAACAUAUCUAAUAAUCCUAUUUCACUUUUUUCUUCCCUCCCCGGAGAAAUGAAGCUCGGGGAAGAAGAAGAGGACGAGGACGAGGACGACAAUGAUUACGAGGAAUCUACUGGGACAACAACUACCACCACCACGACUAUGUUGCCGGCAACUCCAACAAAGAAGAGCACGAGGACUGACCGAUCAAGAACUUUAAUUUCCGAGCGAAAAAGAAGAGGAAGAAUGAAGGAGAAGCUUUAUGCCUUGCGUUCCUUAGUUCCUAAUAUAACAAAGAUGGAUAAAGCCUCCAUAAUAGGAGAUGCAAUACUAUAUGUACAAGGAUUGCAAACGCAAGCAAAGUUACUAAAGGCAGAAAUAGAAGGUCUUGAGUCUUCCUUCAAUGAAACGAACAAUAAUCCAUUUCAGAAUACCAAGCAAAUGAAAUUGAUGACCCAUUAUCCAGCAUUCAAGAGGAUAUCAAAGAUGGACGUUUUUCAAGUAGAAGAAAGAAGCAUUUACGUGAGAUUAGUAUGCAACAAAGGGCGACUAGUUGCUGCUUCUCUUUUCAAAGCUCUUGAGUCUCUUUCUGGAUUCAAUGUUCAAAGCUCCAACUUGGCUAUUUCUGCCGAUGAUUAUAUUUUGACCUUCACUCUUAAUGUAAAAGAAUGUGAGGUGGACAUGAACUUGGCCAAUUUGAAGCUAUGGAUAGCUAGUUCUUUUCUUAAUCAAGGGUUUUACAUCGAGACAUUACCAUUGGUCUAACGUUUCACUAUUGUAAUUUUGCAAAGUUUCUAACCUGUCAACGAAUGAAAAAUGUCAUUACUUAUCGAUCAUCAUUUGUAACUUUUGAUUAUUUAAAGAUACGUAGUCCAAAAGUGUUAAGCUUGUAAAAUUGCAAUGGCGCGGUGUACAUGUGACCGACUUAAUUGUUUAUCCAGCGAUCAAGAGUGCAGUUUUUUUUUUUGGAAUCAAAAACUGUCAGGGAAGUACUUGAUACUGGUCGACGAUCGAGGCAUACAGCCAUGAAAAAUAUUGCAGUGAAAUACUGCACAUGUUAUUUAUUUGGGAUUUUUUUUUUGAAUACAUUGCUGGAGGAGGGGAAUGGGGGUGAUGGAAGUUGAUGUGUUUUCAAUGUCUUUGCCUUAUGUUUUGAUGAUCUAACAGACUUACUGUCAAGAACCAGAUAGGGAACCUAUCACACACUUGUACACAUUACAAAAAUGAACGGAUUCCAGCCUGGACUCCAGCUAAUGUGAACUGCUGUAAGUGUAGAAAAUUGAGAAAUAAGACAAGGACCUAAUCCCUUGUGUUUCCC